AAACCCGAAUGGAAUAUGCUUUGGGAGAUAGAAUUGGAAUCAGCUUCUCACUAAUAUGCUGGUCCUUGGGAUAACAGUGAGCUAAAAAACAUGCAGCAAACAGUCUGUCUUCUUGUCCUGCUAGGGAUGGUAUCAGGGGGAGAUUGUCUACAACUAAACCAGUUUCCAGCAAGCUGCUUUGUCCAAGAGAAUGCUUCACCUGGCACUAGAGUCUAUAGCUUUAAUGUGACCUUAUCACCAUCAGCCUCACCUGUGAGCAUAGGAUUUCCUUUAAUAAUAAAUUCAAGUCCUCUGACCCCAGCCUUCUGCAUUAAUGGAUUAUCAGAGAAAAACUUUGAAGUAGUCACCACUGGGAAACCUCCACUUGAUUUUGAAAGAGUGCCAAAUAGGUUUCAAUUGCAAGUUUAUGUUAAAGAUGAAGCUGGUGCAAUGGACCUGGGACUCUUGACUGUCCAGUUAAAAGAUGUUAAUGAGCCUCCUCUGUUUCUAGACAACUUGGCAAAAGGAACUGUAGAGCUCUAUAUUUUGGAAGGAACAAGUCCUGGACCCAUUUACCAGAUGGAGGCAAUUGAUCCUGAGAAUGAACCCCUCAUGUUUGCCAUGAUCUCUCCCUUGAAGUACUUCAGUGUCUCUCCAAAUGGCAUCCUAUUCUCCACUGCAACAUUUGAUUUUGAAGCAGGAAACAACAGUUAUGUGAUUGAUGUAGAAGUAGAGGACAUUGGAGGGCUUAAAACCACAAGAACAUUCCUAAUAAACAUCAUAAAUGUUAACGAUGAAAGUCCUUACUUUACCAGCUCAAGAAGAGUUUACAGAAUUCCAGAGGAGCUGAGCCCUGGGACUAUUGUAGCCAAUAUCACAGCCAAGGAUCCCGAUGAUGAAGACUUUACGGGCAGGCUCCUCUAUCAACUCACCACCCACAAUGAGUAUUUCAUAAUAAACCAGUUGACUGGUUCCAUUCAAAUAGCCAGUAGGGUAAAUCGAGAUGCUGGUAAAUUGAAACAGAAUCCAAACAUCCUUCUGGAAGUUCUUGUGAAGGAUAGACCCAAAGGGGGUCAGGAGAACCGCACUCAGAUAACCUUCAUCAUUGAAGACAUUAAUGACAACCCUUCUGCAUGCAAUCAAUUUACCUUCAGCAUCUCUGUGUCUGAACAUAACAAGAAAAUGCUGCUUCUGGACCUAGUGAAACAUUGCUUUGAUAAUGAUGCUGAAGCACCAAAUAACCAGUUCAAUUUCACUGAUCUAUCAGGAGCAGGGAGCAAUGAAAAGUUUUUUCAGGAAUCAGAUGGCUCUGGAAAAAUUUUGCUGAUUGGUGAUCUGGAUUAUGAAGAUGCAAAUAAUCUAGCAGCUGGGAAUAAAUAUGCUUUAAUAAUCCAGGUGCAGGACAUUGCAUCUCCUUACUAUAAAAGUACCAUCUACAUUUAUAUCUUCACAAUUCCAGAAAAUGACCAUCGUCUAACGUUUGAUAGUCCAUCCUAUUUAUUUGAAGUUUUAGAAUUGAAGUCAGUUCAGUCACGCAUUGGACAGGUUCACGCAAGGGAUGAAGAUGAACCACAAAGUGAUGUAACAUAUUCCAUUCUCACUGGAGGCUCCACCAUCCAGUACAUGGGUCUGUUUUGGAUUAACCCUAAAACAGGGGUGCUCCAGCUCGUGACUAAGGCUGACUUUGAAUCAGUCCCUCAGCACAUCCUUACAGUACAGGCUGCUAACAGGGAGGAGAGCAGCACAGUCACUGUAACUGUGAACAUUCUUGAUGAAAAUGAUGAAAAACCAAUCUGUGAACCAAAUUUCUAUUUCCUGACAAUUCCCGUGGACCUAAGAGUUGGCACAAAUAUUCAGAAUUUCAAACUAACGUGCAUUGACAAAGAUUCCAGCCCCAGGUCUUUCCGCUAUUUCAUUGGAAAAGGGAACAAGAACAAUCAUUUCACUUUCUCCCCCAAUGCUGGAUCAAAUAUCACAAGCCUCCUGCUCGCAACCCCUUUUGAUUAUUCCAGUGGUUUUGAUAAAGCCUGGGACUAUGAGCUGCUCAUCUACGUAACAGAUGACAACUUGCUGACCAGCAGGAAGAAAGCAGAGGCUUUUGUUCAGACAGGAACGGUGACACUGAAUAUCCAAGUCAUCCCUCACCCAACCACAGUCAUCACCACCACUUCUACACCCAGAGUCACAUACCUGAUUCAGAGAGAAAAUAUUUAUUCGUCAUCAGCUUGGUAUGUACCAUUCAUUAUUACAGUGGGCUCCAUGCUACUCUUGGGUCUCCUGGGAUACCAGUUCUUCCUACUGGUGAAAUUCAUUCGAAGACACUGCUCCUUCAAACCCAAGGAAGAUAAAGAAUCUCUGGUGAAAAAAGAAGAAACCAAGAAGGCAAAGAGAGAAAUUGUGUUGGAAAUGACCAAGAUUAACACUGUCUUUGAUGGAGAAGCCCUAGACCCAGUUACUGGCAAAACAUAUGAAUUCAACUCAAAAUCUGGUGCCAGAAAGUGGAAAAAUCCAUUGAUCCAAAUAUGGUCAGGAGAGAAAGACUUGAGUGAACAAGAAGCUGUUUGGACUGUGGCAAAUAAUGGUGAAGGGAUGCACUCCCUGGAAGGAACCAACAAGGAAGAAGAUGGGAAGAAUGGGAAAAUGGAAGCUGAUGACAUCAGUGUAGGGCUCAAGAGUGAUGAUGGAAAGGUGGAAUCAUGGCAAAGUCUAGGUACCCCUAGACUACAGAAAUCCAGAGAAGGAUCUUCCCCAGUCCUCCUGGGCAGGGCUUCCCCCAAAAUACACCCCCAUUCUCCAAGGAAAACCACUGGGAAAUAAUGAGCAUUGUGGUGUUUGUAGCUAUGCUGAGGUUCCUCCUCCCCUCACUAAAAGAGUGUAUUUAACGAAACUUUGCAAUAGGGAGUAUACUUCAAGUAGUAUAUAUAGAGAAUAGACCAUAUGUUCCCAGUUGGGGGCUGGCAAAAUUGCCAUGGUAUUCAGGACUUAAAGAAUAGAGACUGACCUUAGCUGAUCCUGCUCCUAGGAAUAGAUUUUUAUUCUAAAACCUUGAUUAAGGGAAAAAGAGAAAUGGGAUGGAGGGUCUGGGGGUUCCCAACAAAAUAUUUUCUCCUAAAAUGGGCAUGUCUGUAUAAUUCAUGAGAAAACUCCAGAGAAAGUUCAAUUCAAUUUAAUAAACAUUUAUUAAGUGGUAGGACAAAUAGAUAAGUAGUACAGUGGAUAGAGCACUAGAUUUGAAGUUAGGAACAACUGAAUUCAAAUUCAGACAUUUACUAGCUAUACAGUGCUGGGCAAGUCACUUAAUUUCUGUUUGCCUCAGUUUUUUCAUCUGUAAAAUGGGGAUGAUAAUAAUACUUACCUCCCAGAGUGGUCCCGAGGAUCAAAUAAGAUAAUAUUUGUAAAACAUUUAGUCCAGUGCCUGGCACAUGAUAAGCUGUAUAUAAAUAUUAGCUAUUAGUAGAAGGGGUGGUAUCGUAAGCAAUGAGCAGCUAAGUGGUGCAAUGAAUAGUGGGUCAGGCCUGGAGUCAGAAAAACUCAUGUUCUCUAGUUUAAAUCUGGCCUCAAACACUUAUUAACUGUUUGACCCUGGACAAGUCACUUAACCCUAUUUGCCUCAGUUUUCUCCUGUGUAAUAUGAGCUGGAGAAGGAAAUGACAAAUCACUCCGGUAUCUUUGCCCAAAAAACUCCAAAUAAACCCAAAUGGAGUCACAAUCAAAUAAUAAGAAUAAUAAUCAUGUGCAAAAGAAGACACUAUUUUAGGCACUGAGAAUACAAGGGACAAAAACAUUUUUCUUCAAGGAACUUCCAAGAGGAUAUGGGUACACUAAGUAAAUUAAAAUUAUACUCAAAAUAAUUUCAAAAAAUAGAGAUCGCUAACCAUUUUGGGGAAUUGAGAAAUGCUUUGUUUAAGAGGAGACAGCACCUGAGCUGUGCUUUGAUGGAAAAUAGGAAUUCUAAGAGGUGAGGAGGGAAUGUCUUCCAGGUUCGAUGUGGGAUGGGGUAGGGUAGGGGAUAGCCUGGGCAAUAGAAUGGAGCAGGAGACAGAAUGGGCAUAUACUAUUCUCUAUAUUUAAGAAGAAGGGGUUUUUAAACCUCCCCAUAUUUCAUCUAGCCCAUCUGUUCUUUCCUCUGCAAUUCUUUGUUUCAUUGGGAACAUCAGAGCGCUGACUCAAGGCACAGUAUGAAACCCACCUCAGCCAGCUAACACAGACUUUCACCUGUCAGUCUGAGUGAUGAACCAAAAAUAAACAGCAUAAGAAUGAAAGGGAGAUGAAGCUAAAAUGUGCAGUCAGCUGAGGCUUCACAUAUGCCCCAAGUCUGCUCCCUCUUCUCUCCCCCCUCGAAAUCCCCAUUAUCCAUCGUUAGAGACAGAUAACCAACUGAGAGAAUGAGGUACGACCCUAUAAAAUCCAUAGCUUCUCCUGGGGACCUCAGUCAGGGUAAUAUCAUCAGGAAGUCUGACCUGCCUGAAAUAGGAGAAUGGAUUUUGACAUUUCUCUUUGCAAAUGCAGAAACAGUCUCUUCAUUAAAGAGAAACACUUUUAAACUCUAUGUAUAUGUUUCCCUCAGUAGAAUGUAAGCUCCUGGAAGGUAGGACUGUUUCGUGUUUAUCUUUGUAUUGCCAGUGCCUGACAUGGAAUAAUUACUUAAUAAAUGCUUUUUUUGAUUGAU